CAGAAUCAGUUCAAUCAUCCUACAUAGUAGGGCGUGUGUCAAAGUUAAAAUACUUUAAUGAAGUUGAUGUGAUUGUUAUAAUUAAGGAAAUCCCCAUCGAAGGACCUGGAUUGUAAAGUAUGGCCCAACUAUCCUUGCGUAUUAACAUAGUUGACAGCAAUGUUACUAAAACUAUGGUAUUCGAUCCUUCCACUACAGUUUAUGACGCAUGCAGGAUUAUUAGAGAAAAAAUUACAGAAGCUAAUCUCGGACAAGCUAAAGAUUAUGGGUUGUUUCUUACUGACGAAGAUAAUAAUACGGGAGUAUGGUUAGAAUCUGGGCGCCAACUUGCUUAUUACAUUCUACGUAGCGGAGAUAUGUUGGAAUAUAGGAAGAAAGUGAGAACCUUACGAGUUAAAAUGCUAGAUGGGUCUGUGAAAACUAUGCUCGUUGAUGACUCUCAGAUAGUUGCCAACUUAAUGGUUGUAAUUUGUACUAAAAUUGGCAUUACAAAUCACGACGAAUAUUCAUUAGUUUUGGAAGAAAGAGAACGUGACGAGAAAGAAAAUCUUGAAAAUAGAAAUUACAGUACGCUAACUCUUAAACGAAAAAAAGAAGAAAAAGAACGCGAUGCAAAAAUGGAACAAUUACGAAAAAAACUUAGAACUGAUGAUGAAGUAAAUUGGGUAGAUCCUUCUAAAACACUGCGAGAGCAAGGAAUCGAUGAAAAUGAGACAGUUUUGCUUCGUCGUAAAUUCUUUUAUUCCGAUCAAAAUAUCGAUUCUCGAGAUCCCGUUCAAUUAAAUUUAUUAUACGUACAAGCUAGAGAUGCUAUAAUUGGAGGAACGCAUCCUGUCACCCAGGAAAAGGCUUGUGAAUUUGCAGGAAUUCAAUGUCAAAUACAAUUUGGAGACUAUGUAGAAAAUAAACAUAAACCUGGAUUUUUGGAUUUAAAAGAGUUUUUACCUCAAUCUUAUGUACGUGUAAAAGGAAUAGAGAAGAAAAUUUACAAUGAACAUAAAAAACAUAUUGGAUUGAGUGAACUUGAUGCAAAAGUAUUAUACACAAAAAUUGCUAGAUCUCUGAAAACGUAUGGUGUUACAUUUUUCUUAGUGAAGGAAAAAAUGAAAGGUAAAAACAAACUUGUUCCACGCCUUUUGGGAAUAACUAAAGAUUCUGUAUUACGUCUUGACGAGAAAACAAAAGAAAUUUUAAAGACAUGGCCAUUAACAACCGUAAGAAGGUGGGGUGCUAGUCCUAACACGUUUACUCUAGAUUUUGGAGAUUAUUCCGACCAAUAUUAUUCGGUUCAAACGACAGAAGCUGAACAAAUCCAGCAAAUUAUUGCUGGAUAUAUUGAUAUUAUUUUAAAGAAGAAACAAGCUAAGGACCAUUUUGGUAUAGAAGGAGAUGAGGGAUCAACUAUGGUAGAAGACAGUGUAUCUCCUCAUAAAGCAACGAUACUGCAGCACGAAACCAAUAAAAUAGGAAAGAUAAAUACUGAGUCUGUAGCUAAACCAGCUGUGAUGCGCGCUGGAGCUGACGGUCCCAAACCUUAUGGCACUGGUCAUGUAGGCGGAGCACAAUACACAACUGUAAGUGGACAAAUAAAUCUAGCUCAUACUCCUCCAUCUCUUACUUCGAUUCAACAAACAAGAAUGUCGUCAGUACUUACUGAACCACAAAAUGCUCUAUUGUCAACAAUAACUGCAACACAAGAAAGAAUUAGAGAAUUGUAUACAAACCUAUCGGCGAAAAGUACUAUUCCUGUUCUUGGAACUGAUAUUUCUUCUAAGAAAUGGAAGCAGAUUACUUUGGAUACACGUAAACAAAAUGUCGGUUCCCAAAUUGCUGCCAUGAAUGCAGCCACUGCACAGGUCGUAACACUUACAUCUGCAACAUCAGAGGAGGUUGAUCAUACUGCAGUGGGAGCUGCUAUAACAACAAUUGGAAGUAAUUUACCAGAAAUGACAAAAGACGUUAAGAUGAUUGCUGCUCUUAUGGAUGAUAAAAAUAAUGGAGAAAAGCUUCUUGAUGCUGCAAAGAAACUGUGUAAUGCAUUUAGUGAUCUACUUAAAGCAGCAGAACCGGAGACCAAAGAGCCUAGACAGAACCUUCUGAAUGCAGCGUCCCGCGUGGGAGAGGCAAGUACGCAGGUUUUAACCACAUUGGGUGACGACAGCAUCGAAAAUAAAGAACUCCAGGAUAUGCUUCUUUCGCUCGCUAAAGUAGUUGCGAAUACAACUGCUGCUCUGGUUUUGAAAGCAAAAAAUAUUGCAGCUACUUGUGAGGAUCAACAGACACAAAAUAAAGUUAUUGGAGCUGCAACUCAAUGUGCUCUUGCCACAUCUCAAUUGGUAGCGUGCGCCAAGGUUAUAGCUCCAACUUUACAUUCAUCAGCUUGUCAAGAACAGUUAACGGCAGCCGUGAAAGAAGUAACUAGAGCAGUGGAAAAAUUAGUAAAAACUUGCAGCGAAGCCUGUAGAGAAGAUGAUUUAUUAAAUCAGUUAAAUGCUGCUGCAGCAGAUGUUUCUGCUUCACUAAAUAAUUUAUUGAAGCACAUAGAGGGAGCUUCGAAACCAAAACUUGUGGAAUCAAUGCCAGAAGCAAGUGUUGAAACUAUUUACAUGGCAGCCGAUAAAUUAACUGCAGCAUCUGGAGAUGCAGGAGAAAUGAUAAAACAAGCUAGAGUUCUCGGACAAGCAACUGCAAGACUUAUAGAAAGCAUUAAGGGCGAGGCUGAAAAGCAUUCUGACUCUGACGUCCAAAAACGUUUACUGGCUGCUGCAAAAACAUUAGCCGAUGCAACCGCUCGUAUGGUCGAGGCCGCAAGACAAUGCGCUAGUAGUCCCCACGACGUAAAAUAUCAAAAUAAUCUCAGAAGAAUGGCUGAAGAUUUAAGAGAUGUUACUACUAUAGCUGCAAGUACUCCAGCGUUGAGAUCUAAACUUGUCAAUUGCGUUCAGUUACUUUCACGUCAAGCAGUGUCAAGCGCAACUCAAUGCAUUUCAGCAGCUCAGUUAAGUUAUUCACACAACAGUAAUCCAGUUACUCGAGAGGCUCUUUCUUCUGAUACCCAAGAAGUUGCUGAAAAGAUUCCGGCAUUAGUUGAAGCUAUAAAAGCUGUUAGUAACGAAUCCAAUGAUACAACUCAAAGUGAGAUUAUGUACAUUGCUGAAGUAUUUUUACAUCCUUCGACUCGUUUUGUUCAGACUUCUCAGUCAGUUUUAUCAACUAUAAGUGAAGAAUUAGUUUCUCAGCAGCUGUCACAAACAACACAAAAAUUCAAUAGUGACUUAAAUGAACUAAGAAAUGCCAUAUAUAGAGCAAAACCAGCUUGCCAAGGUCUUUCAUUUGAUGUUGCAACUCAUCAAAUUUCGUGUCUUCUUAAUGAUCUGGAAGAAUAUCGUCAUGCUGUAAAUACAAAUAGUCUUCGCCCUCUUCCAGAAGAUACAUUUGAAAAAUCUGUUCAUCAGUUGGAAUGUAGCAGUAAAGCUAUUAAUCAGAACGUUGCGCAGAUAUUAACGGCUAUUUCUCAAGGAGAAGAAAAUUUCGCUGCUGAAGCACUUCGUGAAACAGUACAUGACCUUAAACUUUAUGUGGCUUCAAUUCGCGGAGUGGCAGCUACUAUCGAAAAUUCCGUUAUUCGAAAAGAGAUUAUUGAGUCUGCCAAAAAUGUAAUUCAACAUUCGUACAAUCUCGUAAAAGAAGCGAAAUUAAAUUUACAGCCCCAAGAGAUAUCGCCUGAACUUGCAACAUUAAGCAAAAGAGUUUCAGACGCAAUAACUUCCACCAUUAGUUUGUUGCCUGGUCAGAGAGAUAUAGACAAUACAAUAUCUGAUAUUAAAAGAUGGGAAGAGACUAUUGGCUCCAAACAUUUUCCCUUCCCAGAUAAAAGUUAUGGGGAUCUACAAGAAGAUCUUAACAAAGCAGCCGUGCUUUUAAAUGAAACAAGCACUCAAAUUGUUAAUUCUGUUAGAAAUCCAACACAAUUAGCUUCAUCUUCUAGACAGUUUGGCAGUGCAUUUUCCGAUUUGUUAGAUACUGCAAUGAAAUUAAUUGGACAAACCAAAGACGUGGAUACGCAACAUUUAAUGAUCGAUUCAUUCAAAAAUGUAUCAAAUGUUUCUAAUAAGCUCUUAACAGCAGCCAAGCUUGUUUCUUCAGAUCCUGAUUUACCUAAUGGAAAAAAUUUGCUCUCUGCUUCUGCGAGAGCUGUUACUAGUGCUAUAAAUCGUUUGAUUGAUAGCUGUACAUCUGCUGCACCUGGUCAAACAGAAUGUGACAAUGCUGUAAGAAAUAUUGAAGCUAUGAAACCUUUACUUGAUAAUCCAAGUGAACCCAUUAAUGAUUACAGUUUCUAUGAGUGUUUGGAUGUUAUUAUGGAGAAAAGUAAAAUGCUAGGGGAAGGAAUGACUGGAAUUACAAACGGUGCCAAGCAAUCUAACCAAGAAAAAUUCAUAGAGAACAUUUGCAAUGUUAGUUCAGCUGUAUGUGGUGUCAUCGAUGCCGCAGCGCAAGCUGCUUACCUGGUUGGUGUAUCUGAUCCUAGCAGUGCUGUCGGACGUCCAGGUUUGGUUGAUCAGGCGCAUUUUGCUCGAGCGGCACAAUCUAUUCGCGAAGGUUGUUCUUCACUUACAUCUAUGACAAGUUCUCAACAACAAGUUCUAGCAGCUGCUACUGUUAUUGCAAAGCAUACCAGUGCUUUAUGUAACGCAUGUAGAAUGGCUAGCUCAAAGACAACAAACCCUGUUGCCAAACGUCAGUUUGUGCAAAGUGCAAAAGAUGUAGCUAAUUCAACCGCUCAUCUAGUUAAAGAAAUCAAAGCUCUUGAUUUAAAUUACUCGGCGGAAAAUAGGAAUAGGUGCAAUGAAGCAACUAAACCUCUUCUUGAUGCUGUUGAUAUGCUCUGCUUAUUUUCGAGUUCAAGUGAAUUUGCAAGCAUACCUGCAAAAAUAUCUUCUCAAGCACGAGCAUCUCAAGAACCUAUAGUAAAUGCUGGUCAGAGACUCAUAGAAAGUUCUUGUGAUGUUAUUAAUUCUGCAAGAAGUUUAAUCAUACGCCCUCAAGACCCUCCAACAUGGCAACAGUUUGCAACAUUCUCAAAAAGUGUAUCAAAUUCAAUUAAGGAUCUUGUAUCCAAUUUGAGGGAUAAAGCUCCCGGACAAACAGAGUGCGAUUCGGCAAUCACUGCAUUGACUAAUUAUCUUCGAAUGUUAGACUCGGCAAAUAUGGAUAUUAUGUCCCAGUCUCCAAUUCCGAAACCUGGAUCAACAUUUCGUAAUUUUAAUCAGCAAAUAUGUCGCGCUGUUGCUGAAUUGCAGGAUACCAUAGAAAAUCUUCGCCAUAUUGCUAAAUUUGAAGCAGAAGGUAUUGGGCACGCACUGAAUAAUAUGUUGCGGUAUUUUGACCCUCUAGUUCAAGGAACAGUUGGUGCUCUUUCUCACAUUAAAAGUUCGAAACAACAAGAAUUACUAAUAGAUCAAGUUAAAUCCGUCAUAGAAGCUGCUAUUCAGUUUGUUUAUGCAACUAAAGAUUCUGGAGGAAAUCCGAAGGCAGUCAAUGUCCAUCCUGAUAUAGAUGAGUACGCUGUUUCCUUAAGUGACGCACUACAAGAACUUUCGAGUAACCUUCAACAUAUGUCAACUCAGAGCGGGAUUUUUACCGGUAUUAUUGACAAUCUUACACGAGCCGUUACUCGAUUGUCAGAUCAAAGGGCGUCAUUAAUAAUGGGCAGUGAAGAUUCUUACGUUAAUUAUCAAACACGAAUGGUGGAGAACGCAAAACGUGUUGCGAAAAUUUCUGGCGAAAUGGCAACGAAAGCAGCAAUGGAUCCACAAUAUUUACCAUCUUUAGCUGCAGAAUUAUCUCAGAAGUACACACAGCUAGCUAACGAUAGUAUCGGUGCAGCAGUGACGUCAACAAAUGGAGAAGUUUCAACGAAGCUUAAAGAAGUUGUUCAAGUUGUUGGAGCCGCAUGUAUUGAUCUUGUUCAGAGUGCUGAGCGAUAUCAAACUGGAAACGACAUUACCACUUUAAAGGAAUUGGGAGAAUAUUCGCGAAUAAUUUCAGAGAAGGUAUCGAGAGUAUUAGCUUUACUUCAAUCAGGCUCAAGAGGUACCCAAGCUUGUAUAAAUGCGGCGUCAACGGUAUCUGGCAUAAUUGGAGAUCUUGAUACAACUAUAAUGUUUGCUACUGCUGGAAACCUUAAUCCAGAUAAUGAAAAUGAAUUAUUUGCUAAUCAUCGUGAAAAUAUCCUUAAAACUGCAAAAGCACUUGUAGAAGACACUAAAACGCUCGUUGCUGGUGCGGCAUCUUCGCAGGAACAACUCGCUAUUGCAGCACAAAAUGCAGUUUCUACCAUAGUACAAUUAGCUGAAGUUGUAAAGUUUGGUGCCGCUAGUCUUGGUUCAGAUAAUACAGAAUCUCAAAUAAUGCUGAUUAAUGCUGUCAAAGAUGUUGCUAGUGCUUUAGGUGACUUAAUUCAUGCAACUAAAGGUGCAAGUGGAAAACCUAUUUCUGAUCCCACUAUGGCUCAUCUAAAGGACAGUGCAAAGGUUAUGGUGACAAAUGUUACUUCACUACUUAAAACGGUGAAGGCUGUAGAAGAUGAGCAUACAAGAGGCACCCGCGCAUUGGAGUCAACGAUUGAAGCCAUUGGUCAGGAAAUGAGAGCUCUUAAUUCAAGCAAUGGCGCAAAAUCAGGAGUAACACGGGAAGAUUUGAUUCGUUGCACAAAAGCUAUUACAAAAGCAACUUCAAAGUCGGUAGCCGCUGGGAUAAGUAACAAACAAGAUGAUAUAAUAUGUGCUGCUAAUAUGACACGGAAAGCUAUUUCUGACAUGCUUGUCAUAUGCAAGAGUACUGCAUAUAAUUUAGCAGAAAAUAAAGAGUUACGAAAUCGAAUAUUACAAGCAGGACUAGAUUGUGCUCAUCAAUCAAGGGAACUUUUGUCUAUAAUAUUGCAAGGAAAUGAUGCAAAACAUGCAUUACCGCAACAAUCACGACUUAUAGCACAAUCUGUAACAGAACUUGUCACUGUUGCUGAACUAUUAAAAGGAUCGGAUUGGACAGAACCCGAUGAUUUCACAAUAAUUGCCGAAAAUGAGUUGCUUGGUGCAGCUGCAUCUAUAGAUGCUGCAGCCAAAAAAUUAGCAGGACUUCAACCAAGAAAACAAAUUACUAAGGAUAACGAUGUCGAUGCACAUAUCAAUUUUGACGAAAUGAUCUUGGAAGCUGCAAAGACUAUUGCUGCUGCUACCUCUGCACUGGUCAAAGCUGCUAGUGCAGCACAACGGGAGCUAAUAGACAGUGGAAAAGUUUCCAAAACUCCCGUUUCUUCUUCUGAUGAUGGACAAUGGUCGGAAGGUCUUAUAUCUGCCGCAAGAUUGGUUGCUGCUGCUACUCAUAGUUUGGUUGAAAGUGCAAAUGCCUUGGUGCAAGGGCUGGCUAGUGAGGAAAAGUUGAUUUCAUCGGCAAAACAAGUGGCAAGUUCCACUGCUCACCUACUAGUUGCUUGCAAAGUAAAAGCAGAAGGAGAUACAGAAGCAACUCGUAGAUUACAACAAGCUGGAAAUGCUGUAAUACGUUCAACAGAUAAUUUGGUAAGAGCUGCACAAAAAGCAAUCAGUGUCGAGGAGGAACGAUCGUUAAUUUUGAAUAAGCGUAUGGUUGGUGGUAUUGCUCAAGAAAUAAAUGCAAGGUACGUAUUACGACGGCAUUCAUUUGUAUUAGCUAAAUUUUUGUUUGGUAACUAAAAGUUUUGACAUGAAAUUAGUAAAAUUUCAAAAUAUUUUAAAAACGACCAAUGUAUCUGUUAUCAGUUUAUAUUUGAUCGGAAGAAAGAAAAAAACUACUUCGUCUUUGUGUACAGGCAAUCUUCGAAACGGCUGAACCGAUUUCGAUGAAAAUUUACAUACCUUCAUCUACAUGAAUAAGAGAUUGAAGGUUACUUUUUAAAUCGUUCAUUAAUUAUAAUUAUUGUGUUUAUCACAAACGAUGUCGCGAAUCAGGGUUAGUCCUACA